CAUCGUGUCUGGACAUGGCAGAGGGUUUAGUGAGAGAAACCUCGAGUGUUACUCUAGACGAUUUGAAGAAGAAAAUGGCGGAUUUUGCUAGGGAAAGGGACUGGGAUCAGUUCCAUAGCCCUAGAAAUCUCCUCCUUGCCCUGGUAGGAGAAGUGGGUGAGUUGUCAGAGAUAUUUCAAUGGAAAGGAGAGGUGGAAAGAGGGCUUAACGAUUGGAAGGAAGAAGAUAAGAUACAUUUAGGAGAAGAGCUUUCAGAUGUAUUGCUUUACCUUGUUAGGCUUUCUGACAUUUGUGGUGUAGAUCUUGGAAAGGCUGCUCUGCGUAAGAUGGAAUUGAAUGCUAUCAAAUACCCAGUUGAUUUAUGUAAAGGCUCAUCAAAGAAGGUGAAGAAGAAGCAGAAGAUGAUGAUGAAGGAUGAUGGUGCUGAUAAUGGUGGUGGGUCUUCUUCUCCAUCUCAGCCACUGAUUAGUAAUGGGGUGAACGAAUCUGCUGAUGUUUGAUCUUUCUGUGCACUUCUUUGUGGUUGUUGUUGGUUUUGCACUUUUUUCUCUUUUGUACUUGAAUUGAAGACUUCAUUGUUGUUGAUGAUGGUGAUGGUGUUAUGCUGUGUAAUCCCUUUAUGGGUGUU